AGAGCGGCAGUCCGCGUUUGGCGAACGGCUAGCUUGUCCACACAGAGGGGGAGAGAGCUUUCCUCCUUCGAUCUCUCUCCGUUAUCUCUUGUGACCGACUCUCUCUCUCUCUCUCUCUGCCCUUUCAUUCUCUUAAAUACACGAUUAUCCUCUUACGCGCGACAAAGCCUGGACGCCGUCUUCUCCCUUUCAAAACGCCCUUGAACUCGCGAUCUCGCCGAGCGAACGAUCAAGAUCGGCCUCGCCACGAGAGAAGAGAGAAUGAUCCUCGGGGCUGGAUUUAUCGGGCCGAAACACUCGCCUUAGCGGCCGUCACGACGCUGUUGUUCGCAAAGGGAUCGUAGAUCGAUCGUGGAGGACCCUUAUUCUUCCCUCUGUGUCGAGUGUGCUGCGAGAUAACAGCCGAGUCUCUUCUUUCCUUUUCUCUUUCUCUCUCUUUCACUCUAUCUCUUUUUAUGUCGAUGUUUUCACGGGAUGACCGAUAAGUCCGUUGUCUGGCGAUACACGACCGAGAGAAGGCGAAAGUAGCGGGACGGGAAAAGGGAGGACCGACGAAGCUGAGGGGGAAGACCUCAUGGUGCCUUUCUCGCGGUGCGUCGCGCGUUUCAAGUCCCGCCGCGAUUCCUGACGCUGCAUCAGUGCGUACGCGCGCGCGCGUGUGUGUGUGUGUAUUUGUACGUGUGUGUGGAAGGAAAGUGCCUGAAGAACCUCGGCCAGAGUGUGGUCGGCCCUAAACGAGACUCGCCACGACGAUCUACAACCGUCACCGCCAUCACCCUCUCCCGGACUCAUCAAGGCGUAAAAUGUGAUUCUCUCGUUGUUGUCGAAUCAAAGGCGAUUCCAGUUGUCGUUGUUGGGUUUAUAGUUUCGCGUUGUUUGUUGUUGAUCUUCGGGACAGCCAUUUCGAGCUUUUGCGCGUGCGAGCGUACUCGGAGCGAGGGACAGUUCGAUACACGAGGCACACACGCAGGUAUAUACGAAGAUAUACAUAUAUAUGUGUGUGUAAUACAUACUCGGCCGUCGUAUUUUUACACGCACGCCAUUAGCGACACUUGCGUAAUCUAGGACAUUAAAGAGCGCCGCAAUUGUGAUAAUUUUAACGACCGCGAUUCAAUGAGACCGUAACGAGCGCGCCAGCCGGUUGGAAAUUGGGUUAAAUAGAAUAACUGAAACUUCCAAACCAUCGACUCGAACUUCCGACUCGUAGAGGUCCCAGGCUUCUCUUUCGCUCGCUUUGGAUGUGAUAUUUCUCUUUCGAUGGAACUUCUUCCCCCUUAUCUCGUUUAAAAUAGACGCUCUCUUUAUCAACUGGACGCGAUAUUGAAGAGCAAUGAAAACGGAAGACCGCCGGGAGGAAGGGUCGACGAGGAGCGAGGAGUGAUAUAUUCGCACGAGAUCGAAGAGCAGCGAGAGAGAAAAGAGGAGAGAAAGGGAGCUCUAACGUCGAAGUAGCCGGAAAAGAAGAAGAAAUGAUCGCGUAAGCUCGUCGUCUAUCGAGAAGUCGGAGCGAUACCGACGCGUCGCCCCAGCGCAUGGUCGACGACAGGAAAGGUGAAUUACCUGAGUCAACAAGAACAUCGAAUCGAUCCAUCGAAGCGAGCCGAGUUUUCGCAUAUCGCACCUCGCCGUAAAGUCGUAAAGUUUCCUUCGUCGCGCGCGCGAGAGAGACACAGCGAAGGCACGCCGAGAAAAACGCGCAUCGACGACGACGAAUCAUGAAACGAGACACAUCGACGAGCCACCAGCGGAUAGACAAGAGGCACACGGAGUGCGUCGCCGUUGAGAGAUAAAGCGAGGGCGCGAGAGCGAUCGCGUUCCUCGCGCGAGUAUAUCUUUUUCUCUCUCUCUCUUCGGGGUUGAUUGAAUUCGCGCGGAGAGAACGCAUCGUUCCCCCUCCUCCUUUUGCCUCCGAAUUUUCUUACGCUAGCGGAGCUAAGCGCGAAAAUGGAAAUCGCGGCAUCAGCGAUGUUGGACGGCCUGAAAAACAAUCGUAUCAGCAAGUUGGCGCUGUCACGGUUCUUGUCGCAGAGUCUAGCGCAGUUAGAAACGACCGGCAGUCCGGCCAGCAAGUCCCCGGCAAGUGGCAGCGGCGGUCCUGCGAGCGCUGGAGCAGGUGCUACCGCGACCCCCGGUGGAGGUGCCAGCAAUGCCGGAAGCGCGGAACCUCGUACGCCAACCGCCGGACCGCAAAAUAAACAAUUGCAAAACGUCAAAGGAGAACACCCCUCGAAAGCGUUUCUACAAAGUAGGUCCAUCUCUCUGGUCGACAUGUACAUCGAUAAUUCGGAACCGAGCGAGAACGUCGGCCAGAUCCACUUCAGCCUCGAGUACGACUUCCAGAACAGCACGCUUAUACUGCGCAUCAUACAGGGUAAAGACCUGCCGGCGAAGGACUUGUCGGGCACCUCCGAUCCGUACGUACGUGUUACGCUGCUCCCGGACAAGAAGCAUCGGCUCGAGACGAAAAUCAAAAGGCGCACAUUGAAUCCGCGAUGGAACGAAACGUUUUACUUCGAAGGUUUCCCCAUACAGAAGCUGCAGAGCAGGGUGCUGCAUCUGCACGUCUUCGACUACGAUCGAUUCUCGCGGGACGACUCCAUAGGAGAGAUGUUUCUGCCGCUUUGCCAGGUUGACCUGUCGGAGAAACCAUCGUUUUGGAAGGCCCUGAAACCGCCGGCUAAGGACAAAUGCGGGGAACUCCUCUGCUCGCUGUGCUAUCAUCCGAGCAACUCCAUACUGACAUUGACCCUCUUGAAGGCGAGGAAUCUCAAGGCUAAGGAUAUCAACGGAAAAUCAGAUCCGUACGUAAAGGUGUGGUUGCAAUUCGGCGACAAGAGGAUCGAGAAGCGUAAAACUCCAAUUUUCAAAUGCACUUUGAAUCCGAUAUUUAACGAGGUAUUCUCCUUCAACGUACCAUGGGAGAAAAUCAGGGAGUGCUCCUUGGACGUGAUGGUGAUGGACUUCGACAACAUUGGGCGGAACGAACUGAUCGGCCGGAUUCAACUCGCAGGAAAGAAUGGAAGCGGCGCGAGCGAAACGAAGCAUUGGCAGGACAUGAUCACAAAGCCGAGGCAGACCAUUGUGCAGUGGCAUCGCUUGAAGCCCGAGUAAAGAACACGCUUCCCUCUUGAUCCACGAUAAACGAUAUUCUGUCGAGCGAGUUCCCCGGACGGGCAACACCCGUCGUCGAAGUUACGUUAACGAGGCAACUUUUCUCCUUUUGCUCGAUAUCCCAUUCGACGAUUGUACGAUAUUCCUCCCAUAGCCCUGCAUCGUGUAACCGGACGCGCUCCGAGCGACGCUGGCCGUUGCGAACGUUGUCGCUCGUUGCCGACCGUCCAUCGCAUUAGCGGUCUGCGACGAGUGACAACGAAUGAAUUAAUCUUCUCACUUUCGCGUUACCAAGCGCGUUCUUGUCGGGUUGGCCCGGCUGAGAGAAACGUAAUGGUGUGUCCAGGCGUUUGGUACCGCCGAGAUCGAUUACUGAGAAAUCUUGAUGAAAACACAGCCAGAGACGGUCGGCAACGAGCGACUAGGUCGUUUUAAUGGCGGUGUUUCUUCGCAUCGAAUCAGAAAGAGAAGACGAAAAGCAGCAGCGACGAACUUUCUCGAGUCUUCUGCCAUUCCCAACGAGGAUACGGAGGAUUCGCUGAGGCUUCGUCGAAAACGCCACUUUCUGUUUCUCACCCUCCUGCGUGUCGUCCGGUGCGGCGAAAUGAUACCACGGCUAAUCGGUUCUCGCUCGCUCCGGGACGAGCGUGAGUUCACCAGGAGCACCCGUGGUGGGUUCUGAACUCCCUCGCGCGCGACACGACGACGGGACGACUCUCUCGUGUCGUUUGAGUUUACGGGCGCUUGAGCGACGAGAUUACGUCGGAAUAUUGUCACGAGACUCUAAAACUCGACGGGGGCGAGCGGAUGAAGGAGAUACGGCUCUCUGUACUUUGCGGGAUCGGCGUUACUUUCGCGGCUAAAUUAGCGUUACAGUCCGUGUAAUAUCAAUUUAGCGAUGUGAUAGCGCUUAGCGAGGAAGUUCGGGGGGUCUAAUACGUAAUAAUAAAUUUCGCUACUGUGAUCAUUAACUCGAGAUUAAAAGGGAAAAAAGGAGAGGUGGAAGAGGAAGGCGAUAAUUGUGAAACAAUAUCGUGAGACGUGUUGCGUUCCUCCGCUCGACCGUCUGAUCUCGGGGAGCAUUAAUCGCGUCGACGAGACAUCGCGGAACCAAAGCCGACGAAGCUUCCUAAAGUCCCACGAAUACCACUUCAGCAUGUGGUGUAACUCACGAGUUCACGCAGCUCCGUAAUAUUGAUAUUCGCACGAAAUAUUAUAUUACAGUUGCGUGUCAAAGUUACACGGUUAUCUUUUGAACGUUACGCCGCACUCCUUCGCGCAUUGACGCGUUUUAUAUUUUUAUAGUUUUCGAAGUGUGUGCUUAAAACGCACUUAAAAAAAGCGCAUCUUGGAAAACUGGAAGUGACAAUAUCCCUCGAUUGUUUGCGGUAUAAUUAGUAGUAUCUGACUUUUUUUUCUCUCUGACGACCGACGAGUUCCGCACUGACGUUUCGCAACGCACGCCACUUUACCGAUUUUCCCCGCGAGCGGAGAUCCGAGGGGGAUCCCGCGCGCGAUCGUAUCCUCGGAUGAUCGUCGCUUGCUGUACAUUCUUCUUACGAUUGCACGUACGAGUCACUCUCUUCGGUCGCGUUCAAAAACAGUAUGCACAUAUAUCUAAAGAGGAGAGGGGGGGGGGGGCGAAGUAGCCUUCGCAAUUGCAUCGAGAUUUACGUCCAACGUGGCUUUCAGAACUACUCCGCUAACAAAGUUUCGAAACCCGCGCGACCUCAUCGGGGGCAACCUUACUUACGGGUUGCAGUUAUUUACAGGCGAUUCCUCUGUGUACCACCUUUCGGGAUAAUCCGGUUUAGAGUGGACUUUAGAAGUUAACCUCGCCCGAGGGUAUUCCGACUUUACGUGCAAUUUUCUUUCCAUUUUCCGGCGGGAGUGGCACUCGUGAAUAUUAAUUUCCACCAGCCAGCGAAACCGUGUGUGUACCGAAUAUAUAGGCGAAGAUUGUUAAGAUAUAGCGCUAAGUUUCAUAGAAAAUGAAAAAAAAAGAAGAAGAGGAGUCGAAUGUUCGCGGACGUAAAGGACGUAUUACAAGUAGUAGUUUCCAACGUUGAUCUUUGUGAUGUAGGACGCUUCGAGACUGCGAAAAAAAAAUAAACAAAAUACAACGGGCGAGAUAAUAAGUAAUAACGUAAAACUGUUAUACACAUACUACCAGAGCGUGUCCUUCCCACGGGCGACGAACAUUUUUCGGGACAGUCCGUAGGAGACAAGUGACAUUUCCGACAUCGUAGGGAUGGGCAGUUAUGCGAGUUAUCGGCUUUAAUUGUUAAAAAGUAGAAAACGAAGAGAAGAAAAGGAGUAUUUUGAGGAAUCGUACAAACGGUAAUGGAAUUUAAAGGUGCGUAUUUAUCUAGCGAAAGAACAACGAAUCAACAGCGAAUGCAAACUUUCGUUGUUACAUUUUGGAAAAUGUUGUGACAAAUUGUAUGUUGUGACAAAUCCGAACGGGUCGGUCUGCUCAUAAAAUAGCUGCUUUUAUCAGACGGUUUGAAAGAAAGUUCGUGCGCGAAUACAUCACAUAUUCGCUAGAUGUGCACGCACCUUUACUCGCACGGAUUGAAAACUAAGGCGACCCAGUAGGGCGACCUGUAAUCAGGGAAACUUCUCGGUGCUCUUUAACGCUGCGUAAAAACGGUGUGAAAUUUACGGACCGGAACGUUCUGGUUUACGUUCCGGCCAUCUUCGACUUUAUUACGUCAUACUGGAGGAGAGAUCUUCCUAGUGGAUCGCCUGGCUUUUGCUUCUCGCAAGACAGGUGUUUCGCCCCCGAAAUUUUUAUACCUCCAUUCGAUAGAAAUAACAGUCGAGCAGCGAUCGAUUAUUUCGGCUGUAUACAGCGUUGGAUCUAACGAGAAAUUAGGAAAGUCCGUUCGCCGCUCGACAUUAUCGACUUUGAUGUAUCACGUUCGGCGAAAAUUAUUCUUGCAUGAUCGGCAAUAGUUUAAUAUUGACGGGUGCGACCGAUUACUCGGCGAGAAUGGAGAAAUACGAAGGAAAAGGGAAAGAAAUCUAAUUAAUAACUUGGUUCUUUUUCAAAUCGAAACCAAAGAAUUCUUUGUCGAACCGUCAAUUCGCCCAUCCCUACUUUCUUGUUAGUUACGCUUGGCUAGCGUUGAUCGUGAUUACUACCGAGAUAACUUACACGAAUCCCCUUUGGCGUGACUUUUGGUUAUUACUGAAGCUCGAUAAAAGAAAAGAAAAGGAAAGAGUGGAAGAGAAAAGGAGGAAAAGGAAGGGAGAGAGAGGAAGAAAGAGAUAUUUUUGACGGCACUUUUUGUAUUGACAAAGUCAGGGCGACUUUUGGGGAUUAUUCACGCGCUAAAGUACGAUUGGUGUACGCUCUUUAUACACCGUAAAAAAGAAGAAGAAGAGAGAAAAUAAUGUUACGUUAUACCUGAUAGUCUGCUGUUGUUAACAAUAAUAUAGAAACACGAGUCAAAUUCACGCGCGAAUUUGCUCGGUACACUCGGAGAGUGUACACCGUUAAUGAAAAAUAAAAAAAGGACAAACGAUUCAUGUUGUAUCUAAACCAAGUUUAGCGUUAAGCGUCGCUCGUGUCCGAGAAGAUCGUUGGCGCAGACGAAGCGUCCGACGUUAAUGGUGGACUUAUCGCGGGAUAACCGAGGAGAGGAGCCUCGAAUGAGAUCGUCGCUCGUCUCGAACGAUUUGCACGCGUUUAAUUAAUUCAGUUUUCGCUUCACGUUUGUACUUGUUUCAGACGUGGGAACGCUAAGCGACAGGUGACAUCGCAAUCGCUCAUAUUCCGGGCUUUACGGUAAUUCAUUACCAUAAAGAAAUUCUGCGCGUUUGAUUGUUUCGCGAAAAAUUAAAAGAAAAAAGAAAACAACAUCUCCGACGGAUGAAAUCCAAAUGGGAGAGGAAAAUUCGCGAGAAAGCUCUCUUUCACUCCUCAAUAUUCGCCGCUUUGGUAAACUCGCUUUUUCUUUUCUUUCUUUGAAAAUCAUACACAUGCGUACAUAUAUAUACAUAUAUAGAUCCAAUUUUGCAUUGUUACCGUAGCAAUAAAGGCAACUUCGGUCGAUGCGUGCAGAAAUGAGCUCGUAGUCGCGGAGUUUACCGUGUGUAAACUUACAAACGGCGCACAUACCAGCGACGAACGCUUUCCACCAAUGAACUUACCGAACGCGAAUGCGACGCUUUAGUAACAUUUCCUCGCGUACAAAACGAGUCACCGGGAUAUCGCAGAUAUCAGAAUAUCACGAGGUUUUAGACAACACGGUUUCUUUCUUAUACAUUCGGCAUGAUGAGAGUGGAAGAGAGAGAGAGAGAGAGAGAGAGAAAGAGAGAGAGAGAGAGAGAGAGAGAGUAGCUUGUUAUUAAAGGGUUCAUCCAUUUUCCCCGUCGACUCCUCGCUCCCUUUCCUCAUCCCCACCUCCAUCCAUCCUCCCCCCACACACAUUUCCUUUUACAAUCGCGACAAAUAUAUCCCGGAAAUAUUUUUACAUUUAAGCGUUACAUUUAGGUCGAAGGUGUUAUCGAUUUUUCGUAAUUACAGCAGCCUUCUGCCGCGCGUAUACGCGGAAGAGAGAUGAUAUUGUAGAGAUUAGCGAAACACGGUGAGAGCGCGAGUAAAAGAAUAGUCUGUUAUAUGUAUAUAUAUAUAUAUAUAUAUAUAUACAUAUACAUAUAUACAUACAACAUGUGAGUAAAUGGUUAUAUUGGUAUAUAUUAUGCGGAAAUAUCGAGUAGCACGAAGAUUAGAUUAAUAUUUGUAUGUUGUAGCCUGUAUACAUUGUAUAUAUAUAAGGUACAGAGUGUUUCCCGGUUAACGUAUCACGUUAAAAUUAUGGUAUAAAAAAAAAACAUGGGUAUUUCGAAGUUCGUUAUCGCGAGAAACCAAAAAAGGAGAGAAACUUAGCGAAACCUUUACUGUGAAAUAAGUAGGAUCGUUCCUAGCGUUUCGUGUGUUACACAGGGUGUUAAAGAAAAAAAAAAGUAAAUAAAAAAAGAUACGAUCCUCCUUCUCUUUUAGUUACCUUGGUUCGGUAUAUGCACUUCAAAAUUAUUUCUCUCGCGUAUUGAGUUACGAUCCGAUGAGUUUCACAAUAAAAUCGACACGACAGAUAUCUUGACUCAAAAUACUUAUCGGUUUACCGUAAUCAUAUCUUUCCGUUUCCUUUUCUCCUUUCUUCUCUCUCUCUCUCUCUCUCUCUCUCUCUCUCUCUCUCUCUCUCUCUCUCUCUCUCCCCUUCUCUCUUUUUAUUUAUUUCUUUAUUUUUCUUUUUUUAUUUAAGUUUGGUCAAAUUUACUGGACCUUAUUAUUUUGUCGAGAUAAUAUCGACACGUUUGACGAAAGCGCUUUCGUAUCGAAGCGAUUUUCCCGACCUGCUUCCCGUGCGAUCAUAACGCGAAAACAAUAAGGUGCCAAAAGAAUUUAGAACACGUAAGAUCAUCCUUCGCUUGCCGAUCAUGUCAUGUGAGUCGCGUUAUACAUAUUGACAGAAGAGCAGAAGGAUAAAUACGCGCGACGGGAUCUGUCACGGAAGGAAUUAGGUGUGCUUGCGUGCGUUUCAAUUUCUAACGUGGAUCAGAGGCAUCGAACGUACGUCAAUAUUGGUUGCAUUCAGAAGACGCAACAGUAUCACAGUUAAAUAAUUCGUCAAUAUAAUUGGUCUAAAUUUAGGGAUCUAACAUUAAAGACCAAUAAUAACUGACCACUCACUGAUCGCUUGUGUUUUCUGAAUACAGCCGCUGUCUUCGCUUUGUCAAUGCGGAAGUAUAGCGAACUGUUUGGUGAGUCGAAGACAGCGUACGCUCGCGGUGUUUUCAGUUUUCAGCUAUACUCGAAAUUUAAACGUAUAAAUUUACGUUCCCGUUUGACAUUUUUACGCACACUGCGUUGCUCUUGAUUUCAUCACGGAAAGAAAUAAUUUAGAGGGAUAGCAAAUUUGAUGUAGCAAAUAAAUAUACGAAAUGUUUCCUAAAUAUUGUCCAGUAUUGUAGAAAUCGAUUCUUGAGGUUAUUAAACUAUGUUAUCACAUGUAAGCUUUUUAUUUAUAAAAUGACCUCCAAAAUCAACUACUAAAAUAUUGGACAGUGCUUAAAAAACAUCUAUAUAUUUAUUAACCUGCUAAGACAGUAUAAAAAAAAUGUGUUCUUCCCCCUAAAUUAUUUUUCUUUGUUUUCUUACCCUCUACGUUCAGUCGAAGUAUGUGGUGUGUGGCCGCACUGUAUUAAUACUUGUGUCAUAUUCCGAAUGCGAAUUCGAUAAAUCGCACGCGUGCAGCCUCGUGUAAAUAACUUAGCAAAGUAUCGGCGAGUUAGUAAUUAUUUCGAGCAACUCUGGGUUUCUUUUUUCCAGAGUAUCCGACUAAUAGAAAUCCGUUAGACUCACGAGAGAGAAGCGUCAGUUGAACAUGUCUCUGACAUUUGCCAUCGCACCCAUUCUCAACACUCCUCCUAAUUAUUUCGAUUCGUUGCUUCUGCCAGACAUUAUAUUACUUUCCGCAACGAUUCAAUCUCAUAAACUCCCUCCAUUCUCCUCUUCGAUAUCCCGAUAAUCCCCUAUUAUUUCGUUUCUUCUCCCGUUACGUCUUUUCGUUCGUUCGUUCGUCGGUUCUUCAAUUACCAUGGUUUUAACGUUCGUUAUAGACUGGGUUGAACGUGUGUAACGUUUAACUACCUAGCGUAAGGUGAAAUGUCUCGUGUAUGUUAGGUAUACUAAUCCGUAUCGUGAUACCUAUAUGUCGAAGUGUAGUCAUAGUAUUAAUCUAGCUGAAGAGAAAUCGAGAGGAAGAGUAAACGAUGAAGCGACGGCGAGAUUGCCGACAGAGACGUUCGAUGUUCGAUGUUCGACCUUAUGUUGCGCAGGCUUGCAAAAUAUAUUAAUUAAGUACUUAAGGGUGAAUAGAGCGAAGGAUGGAGUGUUGAGAGAGAGAGAGAGAGAGAGAAAGGGGGAGUAUCACUUAGCAAGUAAAACGAACAUGCGACAGUCUGAUGCGGAAAGUGACGUGGGCCUUAUAUCAUGGAUUACCUCAAUUGUAAGCAGCUUAAAGAUGCGGUUUCGUGCACGUGACGAUGUCAAAACGUGAUGAUUUCAAACGAAAGAAAAAAACGAAACAAAAACGGUAGUAGAAGAGAGGAGACAGGAAAAAGAAGAAGACGAAGAAACAGAAAAAAAUGUAUUCGCGAUUCGUACUAGAUAUUAAUAAAGGAGCCAUUUUAUCUUCCGAUAGCGGUUCGCUGUUGCACGAUAUUUCUUCCGAGUUGUGUAUACGGAUAUUUUACCAUCGAGCCCGGAAAUCAGGGACUCGUCUUCGAUACUUUGCACUCGACGAACUGUUUGCCAGGCCCUUUCGCGAUGCUGUACAAACGACGUUCCAAGUGAGGACAAUAGAACGAAAGCGUCGAUCACGUAUAAUCGGUGCGAAUCGAAGUCGAUUUUUUAUCUAGCAAUGAAGUUGAGAAGGUAUGUUGCGGCUUUUCGAUUUCGCAGGAUUGGAGACACGCGAUUUUUCUGAACAGCCCGGACUGUGAAACGGACCGUCGAGUGCAAAGCGUGAAACGCCGAAAGAUCGUAAUGCUUAUGCUUGUCGUCCGGAAAAAAGUGCUCGUUCACAUUGAUAAUACCUCGACGAGCGAACCGUGGCUCGUCUCUCUCUUGCGUUUCAUUCGUGUUGGUUUUCGAAUAGCCUUAUAGAUUCACUUUGGCAUCCCCUUGCCGAUGAUGAUCGGCACGAUAUUCACGGUUUCUUUGAGCGAAAGAACAAGGACGGAUCAGCAUUAAUCAUUCAUGGCUCCUUUUAUUUCUCGUCACACGGUACACUUUGCGACAGUGAACCAGCAACAUAUCCCUCAAACAUGUACAUAUUAUAUAUAUCAUAAGUGUUAAAUCGAUGCACAUGAUUACGUAGACACGCCAGCGUGCGCCGAGAGAGAGAGAGAGAGAGAGAGAGAGAAAGAGAGAGAGAGAGCGAUCGAUUUUCCGGAUCACCGAAAACGCGCAAAGCGGCGCGACUCAGCGGAGUCGCGAUACAAUAUUGUAUUUUAAUAGCUUGUACGAUCCGUCUGUGUUGCUUCAGAAGCGCGCGAUGCGAAUUAGCGAACGCGAGUCAACACGCUGUUUAGCGGGAUGAAGGAGAGGAAAAAAGAAAAAAAAAAGAGAGAGCGGUCAUCGAGAAUUCGCUUCAUACCUGGUUGGAUACGCAAACCAUUUUGGCUAUUUUUUAUCGAACGCGCGCGCAUUGGUCGAACGUUAGCGUUGCAUGUACGCACAUUUAUUGUACGUUGCUUUUGCGAGGCUGACUUCCUUUGAGUGUCGUUGUUGUUUUCGUAAACAUUGAAGGCCGUAACAAGAUAUUCCAUCAUAUUGCGUUCCGUCAUGCGUUCUCAUAGACUUUUAUCGUAUCGGAAGAAAAAAGUUGCGCCACAGACGAAGAAUGAAAAUUAUUUUCAGCAAAGUAUCUAAGAAUUCAGAAUCACCAUUUCACCAUAUAUAUCCGGAAACUCAUUCUAAACGGAAAAAAAACACAAAAAAAGGAAGAAAGGCAAAAGAGAAGGGAAAAAGUACGACACAAACGCUUUUAACGAUCUGACUUGAAAUCGAUCGAUCGCAGAUAUUCCUUUAACGCGACAUCAUUGUGCGCAAUUAUUCAUUAUGAUACUUCGAUUGUGUCACAAAGUAUACUUCUCUCAGAUGAAAAAUAGAUGUCUAAAUCGAAUGAAAGUUUACGACGAGAGUGAUUAUUUUUCUUAGCGAUCUGUUUCUACACACACACGUACACGUACGAACGAUUAUAUUUUUGAUUAAAGUAAGGUUCUCUAGGGAAAAGCAGAUAGAGACGAAAGAAUCGACGCGACGGUAUUUAUAUUCGACAGAUAAUUUUAUUACGACCAUCAAUAUUUUUGCAUCUGAUUUAUACAUACAGACUGUACAGAGUAGAACGAGAAGAGGGAUGCAAAAUGUGGUGUCGUUGCUUCGAUAUACACCCAGCGGCGUUACAACAUGCGUAACUCACGUAAUCCUCCCGGAUAGACGAUAGUAGUCCCGGAAAAGAGAUUAAAAAAAAGGAAAAAAAAGCGAAACGAAAUUCGGCGCGAUCGAGAAGACGAUAUUUUUGCUGCGUAAAUGAAUGAAUUGUUCGCGAUGAUGAUGUAUGGCGAAGAGAGGAGAGAGAAAGCGGGAGAGAAAAAAAAGUGGAGACGGUAGAGGAGAGAAUUUGACGCGACCGUAUCUCAUAAUAUAUAAACGAAGACUUACGGCGUGUAUACAUUACAUUACCAUUUUGAUAAACGGUAUUGUAUCAUGUACCACUUAUAAUUAUAUGUUUGGCCGCGAUUGCCCGAAUACAGAGUUAAGCUGAUUGAGAGCGGUCAGUGAGCCAACAACAUGUUAAUUCACUGAGGGAUUAAUAAUAAACGCGAUUAUGAUUA